AACUCCGCCUUCUCUCCGGAACACUCCGAGUCCAAAUAUGAGCAGACCCUGUGGUGUGUCAGUUUGCAGCAGAAAGUCGGUUUACCGCCGCUAACAGCUGACUUUUCAUUGUGGAGUUAAGCAAGCCAGAGAAAUGGCUUCAGCACCAACAUUUUCAGGUCAAGGCUCGGACCAACACAAGCGUAUUUCCACUAAGUCAAACCCUGGAUUCCUGGAGCGACUGAGUGAAACUACAGGAGGAACAGUUCUUGGUAUCGGACUGUUUUUCCUCUCAAUAUAUGUCCUCUUCACCAAUGAGGGACGAGCUCUGCAAACAGCAUCUUCCUUGGAUGAGGGUCUCUCUCAGGUGGUGUCAUUGGGGCCUUUUUUAAGCCUCGACCUGCAAAACAACAACCGCUUAGUCCAUCUGUCUGCACAGCUGCGUACUGCACAGCCGUUGCAUGAUCCAAACUACAGAGUGGUGGUGCAGGCAGUGAAGCUGAAGAGGCAGGUGGAGAUGUAUCAGUGGGUGGAGUACCGGGAGAGCAAGGACUACCAAGAGGGUGGUGAAACCAAAACAGAAACAACGUACACCUACAACACUGAGUGGAAAUCUGAGUUGGUCAACAGUCGUAAUUUUGAUAAGGAAAUCGGUCACCAGAACCCAAGUGCCAUGGCUGUAGAGAGUGUGACGGUGGUGGCUCCUGAAGUCCGAGUGGGACCGUUCAUUCUGUCUAAAGGCCUGGUGGAGCAGAUAAAUAACUUUCAGACGCUGAGUUUAAGGGAUUUUUCUGCCUUCAGCUUGGAUCCUUUUCUCUCCAUUUACGACGAUUAUUUCUAUCACACUCAGAACCCACGCAGACCAGAGGUUGGGGAUGUGCGUGUGAGAUUCUCCUUUGCUGGACUGAGUGGUGAAACCUCUCAACUCGGCCAGCCUCAAACAGUCAGUAUUGUAGCCAUGCAGAGGGGGGAGCAGCUGGUGCCUUUUAAAACCAAGUCGGGAGACGUUCUGGAGAUCCUUUAUCUGGAAGAACUUUCUCCAGAGGAGGUGUUUGCGAGGGAACACCAGCACAACACCAUGAAGACGUGGGGACUCAGGGCGGCAGGCUGGGCUCUCAUGUUCCUCAGUAUUCAGCUGAUCAUGCGCAUCAUCUACACCUUAGUGGAUUGGGUUCCCAUCCUCCGAGAGCUCGUGUCCAUUGGACUGAAGAUCUUCGCCCUGUGCGUCUCCUCGUCUCUGUCUCUCCUCGUCAUCGCAGCAGGUUGGCUGUUUUACCGACCGUUGUUGGCGGCGGCGCUGGGAGCACUCGCUCUGGUCCCGGUGUUUCUCGCUCGUUCAGGACUUCCAGCCAAGAAGAAUGAGUGACUGUUGAGCGUAAAGAUUUUCUAACACCUGGCUGGAGCUGUCCACCAGAGGUGUGAGAUGCGAUUGUGGCACAUGGUUUUACACAACAUCCAUCAGUUUGCAUCAGUUUCACAGCAGGAAUAUAUUUAUGUACAAAAAGAACCCCUGCUGCUGGUGCUGCAUCAGACACGAGUGGGAGAUUUCUGUUGUUACAUACAUUUUUGGCCUUUUUAGGGGUUGGUCAUUUUCUCUUGUCUUAUUCUUACUGUAAAUAUAACUCACCAAAGUUUUUUUUCCACCAAAUGUUGACUCAGUUGAGAUUUUUAUAGCUACACCCAACUACAGCAAGUUACAGUCCUAUACAACGGGCCUGCAAUAAACUACCUGAAGGUUAUGUUUAGUUUCUGUUUCCAUUUAUUAUUGUGUUGGAGGUGGCAGUUUGUGCUGCUGGACUCAACUAUUCUAUAUUAUACUGAGUGAUGGUUCUAAUAAUUAGUCCAAAUUCACUGAUGUAAAUGAUGUGGCAGAAAAAACAGUAACCUUCAUGCAGAUAGGAUUAGUGUUAGUUAAGUGUAUCUAACAACUGCUUGACUGUAUAUUUAAUAUGUAAUCCUCGCAUCUCCUUUGUUUUCAUUAUUGGCAGCACUUGAUGGAUGGUAUACCUUAUUAAAGUUGAUUGUUCAUAUGGUAAAAAAAGAACAUACCAAAUAUUGUUUGUAUGCUGAGUUGCAUGUUAAAUACUUUUACUUUUGA